AUUACAGGUGCCAGUCGAGGUAUUGGGCUUCAAUUUUGCAGAGCUCUUCUUCAGGGAAGCAACACUCAUGUUAUUGCUACGUGCCGAAAUCCUUUGGAAGCGAAUGACCUGACAGAGCUCAGAAACAAUAAUCCAAAUAAUCUAACUGUUCUAGAUAUAGAUGUUACUCAAGAAAGGACCAUUAAAAACUCUGCAUCACAUGUUGAACAAAAGUAGGUAUGUUAAUAACUUCUAAAAUAUAGAUCUAUUUUAAUGUGUGUAUUAUAUUGGUGGUGCCACAUUUUCAGUUUUGAAACAAUUUAUUCUACUUAACUAAUAGUAAUAGAUUUUAAAAAAGUUUUAUGAGAAAAAUAAAACUCCUUUGAUACACAUUUUUUGGAGGUUAAAGCAGUAAUAAUUUAACCAAUAAUUCAGGAAACAUUUUAGAUCUGUUUUACUUUUAACUUUCAACAGAAAAUCUUAUCCAUGAUCAAAUAAAGCCGAAAUAUGAUUAAAAUACUGCCCACAAAUUAAAGCACUGCAAUCAGAAAUGCUAUUAUAAAUUUGUUAAACACCAAGGAGUUUAACAAAAUUACAGUUUACUAGAUUCAAAAAUGUCUAUUCUGGUUUGUUUUUACUGGUAAUCUCAUGAUCAUAUGGUAUAUCGUAGUUUAAUCUUUAAUCUUAGAACUUGCAAAAGUCCUUCAAGUGUCAAAAUGUUAAGCAAAUAUGGCUUUAGUAACUGCUGAUGUAAUAAAAGACAGAUUUAAAAAAAAACAACUAAAAACAAGGUGCAUAUCCUUCAUAUAAUUGUCUCUUGAGAUUUUCUUCUUAUGAUCAAAAAUAUCUUGAAAACCAUAAGCCCUGAACCUUGUAAAAGAAAAAUAAUGUCACUUGCAAUAAAGAUUUAGAACAAUUAGGGGUAAUGGUGUGAGAGGGUAUGCAGAUAAGUGGGUGGGAAAGGGGAUAAGUGCAAUAUGGGACAACAGGGUUUGAAAUGGAGAUGGUAGGGGAUGAGGGGAUAAUUUGUGGGUUAGUGGAAAUGGGUCCGUCAAUAGGCGAAGAUGUGGUGGGAGAGUUAAGAGGAGAGAUGGUAAAGAAGGCAUGUAAUAGUGAGAAAUCAGUGAGGACAAGAGUAGUGGAGGAGAUAAAGUGGGAGAUGGGGUUACGAUGUAGAUUGGGAAAUGAUUUGGCAGAUAGUAGGGAUUAAUGGAUGAGAAAGUAAGAUAAGAGUAAGAUAAGAGAAAGUGUGUAGAUUCUUUAUGGUAGGUGGGGUUUGUGGCGAAAGCUUUGGGGUUUAAGAAAGAGAGUAAUAGUGAGGGAGAGAAAUGAGGGUUGAGAUGGAUAGGUGGAUAAACAAAGAAAAAGAACAGGAAGGUUUGAGGUAAAGAUGGUGGGGAAUAUCCCCAAGUACUCAAUGUACAAUUUUUCAUCACUUUUUUUUUGACAGUUGAAAUUGAUACAAACAUUAAAAUAUUGCAGCAUUGAUUAUUUAAUUACUGGUUGAAAGCUGUUUAUGUUUUAUUGUUAGUCAAUUCUAUAUAUGUCAUGGUUUACAGUAAAAAAAAAAAAUAUAUAUACAUUAACCUAGAUUUGUAUGAUAUUAUAUGAGCCAUAACAUUUAAUUUUAUUUCAGUUAUGGGAAACUUGAUCUUCUCAUCAACUGUGCUGGGAUUUUGCAUCCAUCAAAACUUGGAGAAACUAGUCUUAAAGUUAUCACAAGUGAGGUAUUACACAGUUUGAGCUCAUUUUCAUAGCUUUCAUCUCGGGUCAGGUACAUUUUAUUGAAAGAAAAAUAAUAUGCACUAAACUAAAAAUAUUGUUUUGUAACUUAAAAAUAAAAUGAUUGGGUGCCCAUGGAGAAUGUACAUUAACUUUCAUUAAGUAGUGAAGAGCAAUGUUAAAUAUCUUUAGAAAUGAAGCAUUAUGUCAGUUAACAUAUUGAUUUGUUACCAAUGAGGUACCUUGAUAAUUUUUUUCCAGGUGCCUAACAGAAGUAAGUAUUCUUGUCCAAUCAUUGGAAGCAUUUUUUUUUUAGCAACCCACAAUUACUUUAGUUCUUUGUUAAUGAAGAUAUUGAGAUAGAUUACAAAUAUUGUAAAAACAUUUUAUUUUAAUAUUGUGGUGGAAAAAAUGAAUGCCCUAAAGAUGAUAGUAACCAUGGCAACAAACACUGAUAAACUUCAUUGUUUUUAGGGGCUGCAAGAAACUUACCUUGUCAAUGCUAUUGGUCCCCUCCUAAUGGCUAAGCACUUUGCCUCUCUGCUAAAUAAAGGACAUGGCUUGAUAGGCAAACAGAGUGAGGACAAGAAGAAUCAGCAUGUCUCAGUCUUGAUAAACAUGAGUGCUAAAGUGGCAUCCAUAACAGAUAAUGGUAAGUUGUACUGUCAUCAAGAAUGCCUGCAGUUUCUUAUAUAAUAAAAUGGACUUUAGCUUACAAAAGGGCUUAAACAUUUUAAUUAGCUACAGGUUUAGUUUGAGCAACCUGCCUGUUGUUUCAAUACUUUGACCAGCACAUUUUAUUUACUUUUUGAAUUAUAUGAUUUGUUGGAAGCAAACUAGAUGCUUUAAUGAAUAACAAGCACAUUAUUUAUUAAUAUAUGAACCAGAUAAAUAAGUGAAUGGCAAGGAUUAUUUAAAGUCAUAAGCUCAAUAACAUCAGUCUGAAAAAUUAUCAGUGUUCCAUAAUAUUAAUAUAUACAUUGUAAUUCAGUAAAACUAUAAAAUGUGGAUUGUGGAUGCAGGGUAAAAUGAAGCCAAAAAUAUUUAACUAUGUUCUUAAGCUUAAAUUUAGGGUAACAAACAUUUUCAAGGUUUUCGUACAACUUUAUUUAGUCUAAUAAUGUUUUGCUUGAUUAACUAGUUUUUGUGUGUGCAUCCGUCAUUGAAACCUAAUUUUAAAAAAAAUAUAUUUAUUGCUUUAAAAAAUAGGUGAAUAAGAUGAAUAAGUGUUUAUAAAAAUAUAUAACUAUCACAGAUUCCCUGAAGUCUUCAUUUAGCUCUGAGUGUAAAUUAAUCCUGUUUGAAUAACAAGGUUCUUAAAAAAUUUUCAUUUUCUUUUUUGGGAAAUAUUAAUUGAUAUUGAAUUUCUUUUUUGCUUUCAGCUCUUGGUGGGUGGUACAGUUAUAGAAUGUCAAAAGCAGCAUUGAAUAUGGCAACCAAAAACUUGAGUAUAGAAUUAGGUAGAGGUCAGAAAAAAACUGUAUGCAUUGCUCUUCAUCCUGGUACUGUAGAUACAGACUUAUCUCGUCCAUAUCAUAAAAAUGUAACCAAUUUGUUUACCGUUGAGAAAUCUGUGGGAUAUAUGAUGAAUGUGAUAAACAGUUUGAGUUUAGAAGAUUCAGGAAAAUUUCUAACAUAUGAUAGAACUGUUAUGGCUUUCUGAUUUGACAUUAAGCAUAGGGCAGUGCCUUCUUGAUAUUUCAAUCUAUUAUUUUAUACAAGUUGAUGGCAAUCUCCAUUUUAUCACCAAAGCAAACAGAAUUGUACUUUUGACUGUGAAUGAUUUUUUUGUGUGUAAUAGUCAUUGGAACAUAUGAUCUUGUAAAACUGCUUGUAAUAUUUGAAGUUAGAUUCCAAAAAAUCUAUUAACUGAAUAUUGACCGGAAUGGGGUUGAAUAUUUACAUACCUAUCAAUGGGUAAAUAUGCCUGUAAUUUUUUUUUUUCAGCAGAUCAUUAAAUUGUAGCUCAGUUUCUAAUGUUUAACAUUGUUCAAUCUUAUACUCACAAUGGUAGGCUAUGUCUUUUUUUUUUUCAAAUUUAAAAAAAAAAUGUAUAUUUAACUACUGUAAUUUUUUUUUUUCAGCAGAUCAUUAAAUUGUAGCUCAGUUUCUAAUGUUUAACAUUGUUCAAUCUUAUACUCACAAUGGUAGGCUAUGUCUUUUUUUUUUUUCAAAUUUAAAAAAAAAAUGUAUAUUUAACUGUUAACUGUAACCAAAAGUAAACAUAUAUACAUUUUUUAUAACUAAAACAGACUGGUAAUUUAGUGCUAUUUCAAAUAAGUUAUAUUUUGAAUUGAUAUAGUAUUAGAUAGUCUUGAUGUAUAAUUUAUGUAUAUACUUCAUUUAAUGUCAUAUACUUAUGGGUUAUAUUUAUUGAUUUAAUAAAUACUCUUAAACCAUGUAUUGAUUAAAAUUGUUUGUUCCAAAUAAAAAACAACUC